AUGUUUGUUCGAACAUAUUCAACAAUACGAAGUGUAUUUUCUAAAGCAUCAGACUUACCUAUAAUACUUGAACGACUUAAUGCAACUACUUAUGUUUAUGCGACGUUGAAAAAGAAUGCAAAAAAUAUACCAUCUUAUUGGAUGUUUAAUUUUCUUUAUUUUACUGAACCAGAAAAAGUUUAUCCCUCUACUCGACAUCCUGUUGUCAAUUGGGAAGAAAAUUUGGAUUUCAAUUAUACUAUAACUGAUAAUACCAGUGUGCCGAUACUUUGGCCAAUAUCAUAUUCGUUGUUAUCGGCAACAAAUACAACAAAAAUAUAUAUACAAUUUUUUUCUACAUCAAGGAAACCUUUUGCUCGAUUCACGACAACAAUGCCUUAUUACGAACAAAAAGCCAAUUCUAUUGAUCAAGAAAUCUCAGCAACUAAUGAAAAAAAAUUAUUUACAGGCGAUUCCUCAACUGUACCAUAUAUUCCUCUUUUAUCAGAUGAAACACAAUCAAGUAAUACUGAUGAGAAUUAUCAAUUUAUUGAAAACAUUUCAUUCGAUUCUCAAGAACGAGAAAAUCGAUCAUUAGAAACAACAUCGGAAUCUGGAAUUCCAUCAAUUGUCGAAACAUCAUCUAAUCCGCAAACACUUCCCACCAGUACAUCUGAAUCAGUCAUAUCGAACGAUGAUUUACGACCUACAAUUGACGAAGGAGAAAACCUAUCACUAAAUCAAAUUACUCAAUCUCAAGAUUAUGAAUCGAAGAAGACACCGUCUUAUUCAAAACAUUUUAAUCAAGAAAUCUUCGUUUCUGAUGAUGAUUUGCAAUUGUAUUUACAAGGACGAAGUAAUCUCUCACAGGCUCAAGAAGCACAAAUUCAGGCGUUCUUAGCUAAAAAGACGUCUUCGAAGAAGACCAUAUUUUCAAAAUAUUCUACAAGUAAAAGUAUGCUAAUGAAAACACUGACACCUAACGACAUAUCAGAAGUUUAUUCUGAAGCAGAAACAAGUUUAUCACUUAGUAAACAAGUUCAAUCAACAGAUUUUCAGCCAUUUUCAAAAUAUUUUAAUAGUACGAUUAGUAAUAUAGUAUCAUCAGAAUUUGCUUUACAAAAAUUAGCUUCUACUAUACCAAUUACAACUAGAAGAAAAACAAGAAUGCGACGACCUGGACAAUCGAUUGGUGAUGAUAGUAUUGAUUUUGAUAACAGUACCGAACAACUUUCUAAUAUCUAUACUGAUUCAAAUGACGAUAAGAUUUUAUCGAUUGAUACACUUAAUGAAUAUUCUCAGUUGUCAACAUCAAAAUCUUUUAUCUCACCACUACCGACAGGUACUUCUGUUAAGUCAACGAAACAACCGUCUCAUUUAAGAACAUCAAUGAGUACUUCGUUAAAAGACGUUCUAGAAGCACUUGCAUUAGAUACAACAAAAUCAGAUUUUAUGACCAAUGAAAAAUCUCGAACUGAUAAUCGAAUUUAUCAACUAUCAACAGCAUCGUCAUUAGAUCAACUAAUUCAAUACACUUCUGAUGUAAAUCUUAUAUCGUCCACAUUAUCUGUAAAUGAUUCAUCAAAUUUGAAAAACUAUUCUCUAGUAAGUCAAUUCGAUCCAAUUCUCAUGAAUAAAAAUGCUACUAUACAUUCCAAUAAUAAUAAUGAAAAAGCGACUAUUCAUGAUGACGACGAUAGAAUAAAUAGUUCCCUUUUCCCAACGAAAUUUAAAUUAACAAUGGAUCCGAAAUUUUCACAAACUACUCCAGGUCAAUUAAUAUCAACCAAUGUUCAGAGUACCUCAUCAGAUAAAACUUCUAAAUCUUCUGCAGAUAUCAAUACCGAUCAAACUUCGUCAGUCUUAGUAGUAAUCUCAGCUGAUAAUAUUACGCAUAUGGAUUCACUACCACUAGUGACUCGUCGAUGGGAUACACAAACCACUGUUAACCAAACUGAAAUAUCUUCUUCAAAGAUUAAUGAUACCAUAAUUCCUUCAAUGCUUCAGAAUCUUACCUUUUUACAAAACCAAUCUAAUAUAUAUGAUACAUCAAAACCGAUUGAUAUUAUGAGAGAUAGUCUUAAUGAUGAUCCUAUUAAUAUUAAACAAACUUCAACAUUACCAACGUUAAUCACAAACGAUACAUUGAUUUUAACUACAACAUCGGGUUAUAUUACUCAAACUAUAAAAGAUGAAAUUAACUAUAAAAAUUCUUCGGGAAUGUCAGUAGAUGUCAAUAUUACCUCUAUCUUUCGCACAUCAUCACCGCUUAUUAUGUCUAAUACAACCCUGCUUUCUUCACGUCGUUCACCUUUAUCAUCACCGUUGCACUAUUCACAUCGAUAUUCAAGCACUAGGUCACCAAAAUUUACUUCAUUGUCAUCACCAAAACUCUUUUCAGACACCACUACCACAAUAACAACAACAACUACCACAAUAACAACAACAACUACAACAACGAUAACAACUACAACAACAACAACUACAACAACUACAACUACAACAACUACAACUACAACAACAACUACAACAACAAUAACAACUACAACAACAACAACGAUAACAACUACAACAACAACAACUACAACUACAACCACUACAUCUACAACAACUACAACAACAAUAACAACUACAACAACAACAACUACUACAACAACAACAACUACUACUACAACAACAAUCACCACACCAACAACAAUGCUAUUGUCAACAGAAAUAACAACAAUGCCUUCAUAUUCGACCAUUUUUUCAUCGUCUACUAGCACAUUACAAUCGUCAUAUCAGUUUUCAUCAAUACAAACAACUAAUGAAGUUCGAACAUCACAUAUAAAACAAUCGACAUUAAUUAGUACUCUUGCUGAUAUGUCUUCUUUGCCUCCGAUAACAACGUAUCAACCGCAUUUGACAUCAACUAUUCCUUUCACAUCAUACCUUACUACUAAUGAACAAUUGUUAACAACAAUAUUUGAUUCAUAUACAUCUAAAUUUCCCAAAACCUACAUCGAAUCAUCUUCAUUAUCAUAUGCAAAAUCUACUGAAUCAUUCACUACUAAUUAUCAAUUUAUAACAAGUACUCUAGUUCCUAGUACUAAUCUUGACUCUUCUCCAACAAUAACAUCAGAUAAAACUUCGAUGCGUUCUACUUUACCUACUACGUCUGAAGAAACUCUUUCACUGUCUAAUUAUCAAUUAUUUGAAACUACUGAGACGCCAUAUUUAUCAUCGCUAAGUACUGAUCGAUAUCAAGAAGAAUUUACUCCAUUGAAAUUUGCAUCGACAAUUUUUCCUCACAUUGAUAAAUCAAAGGUUUUCUCGACACUUGAACAUUCUACUAUACGAACAAGUUAUCUAUCAACAACAAGUAUAACUGCAACGACGACUACGUCAACCACCACUACCACAACAACAACAAAAAAUCGAUAUAAAACUCGAAAAUCGAAGAGAACUGGUUGGACAACACAAACAUUAUCAACUACUGCUUCUUUUCCAACCGCUACGGUUAUACCUUCAUAUCAAACAACCCUUAAAUCUGAUUAUAAAUUACCAACAUCUACAAAAAUGUCAACUUGGCCUUCUGAAUUGUAUUCUCCUGAACAACAAGACACAGUUCUUAUAGAACCACGAUUAAUUAAAAAUGAUUCUAAUAGACUUAUAUCUAAUGAUUUACUUAAUCAAAUAUUUAAUAAUAUGUCGACAUCAGGAAAUUCUUCAACAGAAAAAUAUAUUUAUUUUAAUUUAAAUGAUUAUCCACCAUCAUCAUGGAACUUAUCAUUAAAUUCUAACGAAAAUAUUUUUCUUGAUGUUGUAUUCCCAUCAUCAUCUACUUCAACAAAUUUAACAUUUUCAAAUAUUGCAGCAAAUCGUUUAUCAACAAAUAUAAUUGGUAUACCAAUUAAUUUACAAGUUGAUCGUGUACAAACAAAACAAUUUUCAUUAACAAUGAAUGCAACAGAUAAUGAUUUAAAUGUAAAUCGUACAAUACCAUAUUUCUCUGAUGUUAUUAUUGGUCAUGUUAAAAGUGAACAAUUUGAAUUAAAUUUAACUAAAACAGAUAAUAUGCAUGUACGGGUAACACAAGUUGAUUCAGCAACAGCUGAACUUUAUCUUGAUAGUAAUUUUUGUACAAAUGAAAGUAGUUUAGAAAUUAAUUUAAAUCUUUCACAAAACGGAACAAUUCGUUAUGGUAAUCGACAACCAAUACAUAUUGGACCAGUUUUUACUCGAGUACAUAUGCUUAAACACUCAUGUGAUCGUCAACAACCAUUAACAUUAUUUUUUGAUAUAUGUGAACGAUCAAAUCCAUGUGUAAAUGAUGGUAUAUGUCAAGCUGUUAUGCCAGAUUAUAAUGAUAAUUCAAAUACGAUCACAGAAAUUGGACAUGUUGGUUAUAAAUGUCAAUGUCCAUUACAUACAUCAGGUGAACAUUGUCAAUUUUUACAAUAUCCAUUAGGUUAUUGUUUAAAUAAUGGAACAUUAUUUCAAAUGAAUAAUAGAUAUAAUAAUACAAUUGAAAAAUGUAUCUGUCCAAUAGGUUUUCGUGGUGAACAUUGUGAAGAAAAUAUUGAUAAUUGUAUUGGUAUAACAUGUUUUGAUCAUGGCAUAUGUGAAGAUGGUAUUGAUCAAUAUAAAUGUUCAUGUUUUGAUGGUUAUUUUGGUUUUAAUUGUGAACAUAAACAUGUACAAAUUGUUUUAUUACAAGCAGCAAGUCGAUCAUUUGGUGUUGUUGCAAUUUUAUUAAUUGCUGCUAUAGCUGGUCUUGUUGUUGCUAGUGAUAUUCAUACAUAUUUAACAAGAAAACGUCAAACAUCUAAUUUACCGAAAAAAAUCUCACGUGUACAAUCAGAAUUAUUUGAAAAUUCAGUACUUUUACUUGGAUUUAGUGAUGCACCUAUUGAAAUGAGUGAUUUAUCAACUGUUCGAAAAUGGAAAAAACCAGUAAUAUUGAAACAACGUCAAACACAUAGAACAACAAGAAAUAGAAAAUCAACAGGUUAUCAACAACUUUCUAGACGAAAACCAUUCACUACCAUUUCAAAAUUCUCAUCUCGACGUUAUGCAGCAUCAAGUCAACUUGAUCAAACAAUUAUUUAA